AUGGACGACUUGCGCUUUCGAUCUCAGCAGUCGCCUCGCAACGAGGCGACCAUGAACAACCUUGUCUCACCUCCGCGGAACGGCAACACGCGCAUGCCCAACCCAGUCCAGACUCACGAUCUACGAACCACCCUGCCUCGUCGCUUCACCACCGAUUCGGGGCGUGUACCAACACUGUCUUCUAUUACCUCCCUACGCAGUCCCAUGGCUGGGCCCGACCCGAGCCAAUAUGAAAACUCGUACAGCAACUCCCAGGUGCAAUUGCUGGAAAAGAAAAAGCGAGAAUACGAACGCCUCCGCGACCAGAAGCGCCGCUUCGAGCUUGAGAUGCAGAAACUGGAACAGGUUCAGCGACGCGAAGAGAUGGAGCUUCUCAAGAUGCAGGACGAUCUCCAGCGAGCUGGCCACCAAUCCGAGCCGACGACGCCGCCUGAAUACCAUGACAGCUCCGGCUUCCCCUCCAUGUUCUCCCGCCCCAACCGUUACUCGACUUCGAGCUUGACGUCGCCACCAGGGCUCUUCGGCCGGCCCGGCCGGUCAGGGUCGAACCUCGCGUCGCCGCAGUCGGGCAUCAUGCAGCAGUCCGCACGCAUGGCUUUCGACGAGCACCAUCUUCCUUCGAGGUCGGUGCCUGCUUCAAGGAGGAACAGCGACGAAGACGAGAAAGAGGAAGCGGUCAGGCAAGAUCCAUCGAGCCACCGCUCUUCAAAUGCCUUGCCCACUCCGAAGACCUUGGGAUCACGAAUCAUGGCUGACAAAGAGGGACGUGGUUCCGUCGACAACAGUUACAACCGCUACUCGAUGCCCGUCACUCGUUCUCGUACGGGUCUCUAUGGCGCGGACCUUGACCAGACUGGCACUGCCCGCUUCCUCUUCGGCGAGGACGACAAUGCCGGCGACGCCAAGUACGUCCAGGCUCUGACUGAUGACCAGUUCCCUACCCUCGUUCGCGCCGAGGGCCAAAUGGCGGCAACAUGGAAGACGAGUCCCCGAACUACGCUCUCCGCGUCUUCUGCUGCUCUUGACCUUGCUCUCUCCCCGUCUCCUGCACCUGACGCGUCUUCGUCCACCAACGGUUGGGGUCAUAUUAACCGUCAUCGCGCCCGACAGAGUCUCUCGAGCAUCAACGCUCAGCUCAACGGUUCGUCCUCCGCCGACGGUUCCGUCAUCGGCUCGCGUCCGUCGUCAGUCCGUCACUCUCUGGACCUCAAGUACUUCUCCGAGAACCCCUCCGACAGCAACUCGGUCGUGUCUCCCACCAGCAACGGCAACAUGACUACUCCUCCCAAGCUGCAGAGUUCCUUCUCUGCUAACUCUGUCCCGACCGUCAAAAAUGCCUCGGGUGCCAACAACCAUGCUCAGCAGCAUUUCCACAACCACAACGCUAGCAUCGGUCGCAUUCCUGCCGGUGCAGCCCCUCCCCGUCACAGCCGCGAGCUGUCGUCGGACAGUAACAUUGGCUCGGGCCAGCAGAGUGGCAACUACCCGUCCAUUCAGAGCGCUCUCCACGGGAAUGCUGCACCCUUCGGCCCUACCAACGGCCUGAACGGCCUCAACCAGAACGCUGCUCCUUUUGGUGGCAACAACGGCAAUAACCAGCAGACCAACGGUCUCAACAAUGUUGGCGGCCAGGUUGGUGUGUCUGGUCCCAAUAGUGCUGGCCAAAACGGCAUCAACCAAGGCUUCAACCCGUACGGCAAUGGCCCAGUCAACAUGUAUAACCCCCAGAACAACGGCCAGCUCAACGGUGCCUACGGCGUUCCCCUUCUUGCCAUGCAGAAUCUGAAUCUUAACGGCGGCUCGGCCUACCCGCCUCAGAACUUCACCGGUUACGGUUCUCUGUACACUCCUGCCAUCCCUGCCCAUUCAGCCCCGCGUGACAGCCAGGCGCGUGUGAUCCAGCACCGACGCCAACAGGACAAUGACGCUAUGCAGCGCUACCAGAACCUGCCUCUUGAGCACGUCGGUGGUCAGAUUUACGAGCUGUGCAAAGACCAGCAUGGCUGCCGCUACUUGCAGAAGAAGCUUGAGGAGCGCAAUCCUGACCAGGUCCACAUGAUCUGGCUCGAGACCAACCAGCACGUCAUCGAGCUCAUGACCGAUCCCUUUGGCAACUACCUCUGCCAGAAGCUGCUUGAGUACUGCAAUGACGACGAGCGAACGGUGCUCAUUCAGAACGCUGCUCAGGACAUGGUCCGUAUCGCUCUGAACCAGCACGGCACGCGCGCGCUGCAGAAGAUGAUCGAGUUUGUCACGACCUCUAUCCAGGUUCAGAUGAUCAUUGACGCCCUUCGCUACCGGGUUGUUGAGCUGAUCCAGGAUCUGAAUGGCAACCAUGUCAUCCAGAAGUGCCUCAACAAGUUAAGCGCCCCUGAUGCCCAAUUCAUUUUCGACGCUGUUGGCAACCACUGCGUCGAUGUCGGCACCCACCGCCACGGCUGCUGCGUUCUCCAGCGCUGCAUCGACCAUGCCGAUGGCGCUCAGAAGGUCUGGCUCAUUGGCAAGAUUACGGAACAUGCCCCUGUCCUCGUCCAGGAUCCCUUCGGCAACUACGUCGUGCAGUACAUCAUCGACCUCAACGAACCCGCCUUUACCGAGCCAGUCGUUGGCAUGUUCCGCAACCGCAUCUGCCAGCUUUCUCGCCACAAGUUCAGCUCCAACGUCAUCGAGAAGCUUCUCCGCUGCUCUCAGGCCCAGGGCCGUGACAUGAUCGUCGACGAGCUCCUUCAGCCUGGCGAGAUGGACCGCCUGCUGCGUGACUCGUAUGCCAACUAUGUCAUUCAGACGGCACUCGAGUACGCCACUCCCGAGGGCAAGCACCGCAUGGUUGAGGUUAUCCGCCCCUUCCUUCCCGCUGUGCGUUCGACCCCUUACGGCCGCCGCAUCCAGGCCAAGGUUCAGGCCUACGACAGCCGCGGCAGCGCCACCUCGUCUGGCCAGAUAACCCCUGCCGACAACACCCAAGGCCAAAUCCCCCUGCGUCCUGGUCAGAACCGCGCCAUGGUCAACAACGCUUCGAUUGUCCAGCCUGGCGCCCCCUUGCCCAGCGGUUUCGUCAACGGUAGCGCCCGCAAUGGGACUGCCCAGGCCAUGAGCUACCCUCACACCUCGAACCUGACUGUUGCCUCUCCCACUGCCACCCAGGCUCCUCAACAGCCCUCUCAACUGGCCUGGAACCCUGCUCAGCCUCAGUUCCAACCGCAGCAGCAGUUCCAGCCUCUCAACCAGGGCCAACAGUUCCAGGGUCAGGCCCAGCAGGUCCCGCAGGGCCAGCAGAACCAGCAGAGCCAAGCUCCCAACGGCAACGGCACCGCUGCUUCCAACAACGGCGAUGACUCCCAGUGGCUGUAG